AUGCACGCGUGGUUACAUAGACGGGCAGCCUACGAGGACCCCAGCAAGCACAAGUGUCAAUGCGGUGCAGCUACUGCUUCAUACCUCUGCGAGACCUGCCUGGGGCGUAAGAGGCAAUGCAGAGGCUGCAUCCUUCGCGAGCACGCGUCCAUGCCGUUCCAUCACAUCCGAAAGCAUGACGGUCGCUCUUCAACGGCUACCGACCUUGGCGCGUUAGGCCAAGUUAUCUGGUUGGGCCAUGGAGGAGAGCCGUGCCCAGCCACCCUCGCGCACGGACAUCGUUUAAUUAUCGGUGAUGUCGAGGGUAUCUGGUGUCGUACGGUAUACUGGUGUACGUGCCCCACUGCGGAGGAUAAGGAUAUCCAGCUGCUGCACACCGGUUUGUACCCGGGUACCGAGGAUGAGCCAGCCACUGCGUUCACAUUGACGAUGCUGGAUGACUUCCUCCUAUCGCAGUGCGAGGGUCGGAUGUCUGCCCAAGGAUAUGUCCAGAAGUUGCGGAGGAUGGCCAACCCAGCGUUCCCUUAUCGAGUUUCGGAUGUCUAUAGACCAUUCCUGCGCGCCAUGCGUCAGUAUACCAACAUGAUCACGAGAGCUAAAGCAGGUGUCGCUCACAAGAUUCGGAGAGAUCAAGUCCGCAUAGCUAGACCGCCAGGAGAUCUGGCUUGGCGCUGCCCAGCAUGCCCCCAGCCGGGAUAUAAUUUGCCUCCAGAAGACCAGAGAGACGCAGACCAUCCAGAGCUUUACAUGCCCAUGUUCACGCACGACGGUUGCUUCAAGUUGAACAACCAGCGUACCCGCAAUCCCGAUGCUGAUGUGCGCCUCAGCAACGGUGAGUGCAUGCUUGUCGGGAGCAGGCAAUACCAGACGCACCUCAAAGUGACCAAGGAGCCCGCCAAUAGGAAAUCCUGUCAGAAUCACCGGGCGGUUGCCAGCAGUCGAUCGAGAGAUCGCAACUUAGCUGCCAGUGGAGUGGGCACAUACACCUAUGCCCCUCAUGGUCUGUUCAUCCCGCACACCACCGUUGAUUACCAGAAAGGCGAAGCGCAAAUGAACACAGACUACUCAACCUCAUGCCUCAUAGAAGGGUUGUCUGCAGAAACGCACAAGAUCCUCAUCGCCUACGACAUCAUGUGCGAGUAUAUCGUCAACCUCAAGACGCACCUAACCGAAGGACCCUACCUUACCAACCGUGCGAUCGACAUUGAGGCCGCUGGAGCCGGCCAGCUGGACGGAGAGAUCCUGGAAACGCUCUGGGCAACCCUAGAGAAGCUGGCCUCCAAUACAAGGAGCAUGUCACCCGCCCAUAGGCAGGAAGUUCUUGAUCUGCUCAUGAACGACAUGAACUGGAAGAAGAUCAUUCAACUAGCCGACGUCCUUAAGAAGAAGGCGAUGAAGGCCUCCGAGCUCAAGGACACACUAUCCGAUCAGCAGACAGCUCGGUGGCUACAAGAGGAGCGUGAGUCCUUGGCGGAGGGCCGAGAGGGAAAGAGCGUGUAUGACAUACAAGAGGAACAAGUCCCCGGUGUUGCGGAGCGCGCCCUCGCAGUAGCGAGGCGGUAUGAGGAUGAUAAUGUGGAGGAGCCCAUCGGGUUAGAGUUGCUGAGGGAGGCCAUGAGGAUUGAGAGUGUGCAGGACAAUCUACUUCCUCUGGCUAAGCAGCAAAACAGGACGGCCUCGCAAGAGCGUCAGCUGCUGCUCAGACGGGGCAAGCUACACAAAAGGAUUUGCAAAUUCGAAACACGGAUCGCGAAGGUUCUCGAUGCUGCCCCCGUGGAGGGCGAGGUUGCCUUGGGAGAUGAAGAAUUGGAGGAAUGGCUUGGAGAUGAAGGGGAAGCAGAGAGCGAAGGGGAGGUGGAUGAGAGGGAGGGUGAGGGAGAGGAUGAGGAUGAGGACCCCGACGCGCCUGACGUCAGGCUGCCAGAGCGCGAGCGGCUCACUCUGCCCUUGACCACUGGGCACAUCACCGGGGAAUUGGCAGACUUGGAGAGGGACCUUCGGGACGGCCAACGAGCGGAUGCCCUGCGAGGCGUUAGGCUAGGCCUUGCAGAGAGAGCCCGCUUGUAUCGCACCUCCGUGCGUCGCGGCCGAGGGAGUCACAAGACGACUACAAGGGCUUUUGCAGCGUUACGUAAGUCAGGCGCACGCAUCGCCCGCCACGUGCGGAUGUACCACCGCGCCCGUGACGCCCUAAUUGCCCUCGGCAAGGACGAAUCACAGCUACCGAAGAUAGAUAGUCAAGACCUCCGCAUCAACAAGGACUGGACAGAGGAGAACAGGACAGGCCAACGCUCCCAUACCUUACCCUGGUUCUGGCGGGUCGGCAACAAAGCCGCUGGUGUCCAUGACCUAUACAGAGUGAGCUUCCUGCAAGCCAAGUGCCGACUGGAGCGAUGGGAAGAAGAGGAGCGUCUGGUAAGCCACGAGAUGCUGUGGACUCGGCUAGCCUUCAAAAAGCAGCAGGGUACAUGGCAAGCGGCAGGGGACGCUGCGAGGUCGUCCACAGAAGGUGCGGGAUGGGCUGCGUAUGCCUAUAACCAAGCGGACAUGUGGGGCUCGUUGGCGACUGAAUGCGUGGCAAAGUUUCAGGACUACGCGGGAACCCUUCCAGGGUGGGAGCAGAGCAGUAGCUUGGCUGAAACCGGCGAGCGCACACACGGUGGACGACCUGAGGUGGAGCCGCCGUCUAACCGCGUUGGCUGCAUCUCAUAUGGUGGUGCAGGCCCAGCAGGAAAAGCAGCGUCUCACAUGCAGCCGGCAACCCCGUCUGACGUCGACUCUGUAACACCAGCACUUGCACUUGACACGGCGCCGGCGGCUCGGCCUGUCAAGCCAGGUGGGGUGGCAGUCGCUGGCCAGCCGUCUGUGCCGCACGAGCUGGACUGA